CCGGCUCGUCUGAUCUCUGGGUACCUUCCAGGAAAUGCAAGAAAAGCUGUGGUAAGUCUCUUUUGCACUAUGCUUAUCCACAAACACUAUCACACUAUAAGCCGAAUUGAUCGAUAAAGUGUAUGAAAGGCUCUUUCAUGCCUAACACAGCCCAGUGAGGAUUUAUAAUAUUCCUCCAGGUUUUUCCAACGAUAUUCCUGUAGUUAACAGGAAGUAGUGCGAUAAAUCAAACGGGUGAAUAAAAGACUUCACUGUUCGCUUGCCCGGAAAGAAUUCCUGCAAAGACUAAGGUAAGUUCGGUAGUCGCAUGGACAAUACAUCUGUCGGCGGUGUGUCUGUAUACUCUUUAGUAACGUUAAGGGUCUCACAAACGAUAUCAUGGCUGGAAAUCAAAGACUUCCAAAAAUUUGAAAAGACCAUUCAAGAUACAAUACCUUGAUCGAUCAUUUGUUAAAGGCACACUGAACACUGACACUAUCACGGUACGUUUAUUCUUUCAGUAAAUUCGUAUUCUUCUUUUGAAAUAUUCAUGAUAUUUUCGUUUUGAAUGAUACAGAUCGGUAAUAUAUCUGUGAAACAUCAAGUCUUUGCUGAAGUAAUCAAAACAUCUAACUUUCAAAACAGUCUUUUCGAUGGCAUUCUUGGUAUGGGCUACCCGUCUCUAGCUAAUUCUGGAGGAAUACCAUUAUUUGUAAACAUGUUAACUCAAUAUCCGAAUCAUGUUUCUCCCAUGUUCUCCUUUUGGCUUAAUCCGUGAGUGUGUCUACUUGUUGAAACAUUAUUCAUUAGAAUUAUUCAUUAGAAUUGUAGUGAUGAAACAAGUUCGAAUGGAGGACAGUUAACAUUUGGAGGAACAGAUCCGAAAAAUUACAUCGGAUCUUUCACCUAUGCUAAUGUGACGGACCCAGGAUAUUGGCAAUUCAAACUAGAUAAAGUCAACAUUGCUGGUCAUCACUAUUGUAAGCAAAAUUGUCAAGCUAUAGCUGAUACGGGAACGUCGUUUAUUAUCGGACCAAAAGAAAUUAUCAGCAAAAUAAGCCAUCAUAUAGGUUUAAUACAGCUGAAUGACGGCACGUACAUUAUCGAUUGUAGAAAAUUAUCUAAAAAGCUCCCAACUAUUGGAUUUACGAUCGGUGGUAAAACAUUAUCGUUGAGUGCUGAACAAUAUAUAUAUCCAAAGAAGAUUAAUGGAGGUCUAAUUUGUGUAAGUGGUUUUCAAACUACAGCUGAAGAUAAAUUUACUCGUAAUGGAGAUUAUCUAUGGAUUAUUGGUGAUACAUUUCUCUCUCGAUAUUACACAGUUUUUGAUUACGGAAACACUAGAGUGGGAUUCGCAAAAGCAAAGGCUUCCUGA